AUUUACCUUGCUGAUUUUAUAGCGAAGCGCUGCUGAAGUGAAACGAGAUCAUCUCGUCGUUUGAGUUCGCGGUAUCCCAUAAAAUUUCUAAGUGUUUUACUUCGGUCGUUGAAAGAUCAGGUAAUUCUUGAAGCUUGACUUCUGAUUUCGGAAUUUAGUAUAACUGAUUUUAGAUCUAAAGUCCAGUAGAGAACGUUAGGGGUAGGUGUGGGAUCAAAGUAGGAAGUUAACUGUUCUCAUCCAACUUGUAGUGAGUCACGAAAGAUGUCGUCAGAAGAGACACUAAGUGUUGGAGGUAGCGAGGGGGAGCAAGGACUGAGCUUGACCAACGGGGAUGAAGUGGAGAGCUCAAGGAGCGAGAGAAGUGGGGGGGUUGGAGGUGAAAUGGUAGAGGUGGGGAUUCCGCCUAAUGUAUUAGAGGUAGAUCCGGAUAGGGCUAAGUUCUAUAAUGAGGACGAGGAGGUGGUGGAAGAGGUGGCGGGGUACGAGAGUACGUGGAAGAAGAGGAGUGACCUCACCCACCUAGUAGAACAGUAUGCCAUUCCGGGGCACGUUCUGCUUAGGCCGGCUGGGGAGAGGGAAAGGGCGUGCUCGGCGCCAAGGGAUCAUUGGAUGCCGGUGUACGGACACUACUUAACAGCCGGGCUUAGGUUUCCAGUGCCCGAGCUGCUAGUGGCGCUGCUGCUGGAGUACGGGCUGGGGUUGACGCAGCUCGUCCCAAACACAGUUCGGCUUAUCCUAGGGUUUUUAGUAUAUUGCCGAACUCGAGGUGUAAUCCCCACGGUGGCUGGAGGAGGAGGAAGGAACCUGUUCAGUGCAGGUCCUUCAUCUAUAAAGGGGUGGAAGGAUAAGUUUUUCUUCGUGGAUGACACGAAGUGGGAGAAAUUGGAGAUGGAGGUAACGGAGCUCAGCAGGUGGAAGAGGAAGAGGUCGAAUCCAAAUCAGUAUUCGCUGAGCUCGGGAGAGCAGGAAGAGGUGGAGAGGUUGGAGAGGAGAGGUGGGGACGUAAUGGACAUCAUGCAUUUCAGCAGUCCAGCAAUGUUAGAGGCGGCAGAAAUCUAUGGGCCGAGCUCUAUGACUGGAGAGAUGAACCGGCUGAUGUCCAAGAGGAAGACGGUAGCACUGCCGGAGAAGAGGUUGAAGACUCCAGCCGCACCCUCCGUGGGGGAGAGGGUGCUUGGUGGGACUUCGAGGUCUCGCCCGGAGGGGAGCGCCCGAGCUGAGGUGGGCCCUAGCUCAGAUCAGGGGAGGAAGAGGGCUGAGGAGGCUGCAGCCCAGAAGAGGAAGAGGGUGGAGGAGGUGCAGCAUCCCCAAACCGACGCGCUCAUCGAGUUCGUACCUCGACCCCCGCCGGUGCAGAUUGACCCUGCUCUACGCGAAGUGGGGAUGGUGGGGCAUGGGAAGGGGAAGGAGUCCCCUAUUCCUAGGCAGAAGUCAAGCUUUUACGAAAGUACAAGCAAGACGGCUGCCAAGCGCUUCAUCAGGUCCACUUUUCCUGAAGUGGAUCUCAACAGAGCCCGACAUGAGGUCGAGGAGCAUGGGGGCUCAGGAGUAGUGCGCCAUGCGCUCGAGACGGUGAAUCUCAUCAAUGCCUUGGCCGCUGAGUACUACGACUGCCUCAAGGAGAGGAAUAACCUCGUCGACAAAUAUGACGAGCUCAACCUGCAGAAGCAGUCGGUUGAGCAGAACUUCAAUGACUUGACUUCGGAGCUCGAGAAAGUCAGGGAGGAGUUGGUUUCUGCCAAGGCAGCCGCCGAUGCUGAGGUGGAGAAGAGGAGAAGAGCCGAGGAAGAGCUGGCUAAGGCGCAAAGGGAAUUGGCCGAGGUGCAGAAGAGGACCGAGCUGGAGGUGCACAACUCGGUUGAGAAGCAUGUCUCUGAGUUCGUCAAUUCGGAGACGUUUUCAGAGAUUGUGGACCUCUUCCGCAUGCCUACACUGGUGAUGGCAUUCAAUGAUUGCCGGAAGAAGGUGAAGGCCCAGAACCCUGAGGUCGAUGUGACGAAAGUCACUUUUGGACCAGAGGAGGCUGGAGUGGAAGAGGAUGGGGAGAGCAGAACAGCUGAGUUCCGGCCGGACAUAACCCUUAGCUGGGAGCGGGAAGAAGCUGGAAGAACUGUGCUCCCCCCACGUCUCGAGUACGAGUUUGUCGACGUGGACGAAGAGACCGAGGCUCCUGCAACUGCCGAGGUCGGAGAGAAUGCGGUUGAGCAAGAGGUGGAUCAGCAGCACGUGGUGAUCGACUGACUUCGGCCUAUUCCCUUUUUUUUUUUUUUUUUUUUUGUAAUGACAAUGUACUGUGUUGAGCACAAUUAAUGAAAAGAGUAUUAUAUU